AUGAGUGAUUCAUCAUCUCUUAAUGGAGCUUUAGCUGGUGCAGGAGUUUCUCUAUUAUUGUUUUUUUGCUUUAUUCUCUUGUGUAUUUACCAAUUUCAUGGUCUAGAUGACGUUGUGAGGAUUGAAUCGGUCGAUGUACGUAGUUUACAAUUACGUGAGGAUCUAGUGGACACAAUAUUGGAUGAUGGAUGCAGUGAAUGGCAAUGUAUAGUAUGUGCACAUAUGAAUCAUCCAAACCAUGAACUUUGUCUCUUGUGUGGUACGUCGGCGGAGUUUUCGACAAUGGAAGAGCUCGUAGAGGACUUGUACACUAUUGGAAAGACGCGACGUGUUGCUAGAUGUACAUUACUGGGUACAGAAAAUGGAACACUACUAAGUUCGACGUUAUUAGAGAAUCUAGUGACCAGGUCAGAUUCGAAUCCAGGGGCAAUGACGACGUCACUAGCGCUACAAAGGGCCAAGACAUUACCCAUGACACGCAGCAUGUCAAGUGGUGAAAUUGCUCAAGAAGUGGAAAUCACUACGAGCAUGAGACAAAGAGCAUUGCGGUACAGAAGGCUAAACGAGAUGCAGCUGAACCAGAAACAGAGAGGAGCGAGUCGAAGACGAUUGUGGCAACGAGUACCACUACCUACUGGAGGUUUCGUAUGGGUCAGAACAAUGGAACCCGCGGCACCAGGUUCAGUCUUUGCUAGAGCUGACUCGUUUGUGAGCAAGCUACGAAAAAACAGUUCGUUUUUGUCCAAGAACCCACAGGCAAAGAGCUUACGCGAGGAUUUGGCGGAGCAACUACAUCGCAAGAAUGCAGCUUCAAUGGGUUUUUUCUCGGAGCUUAAUGCCUCAGGUACUGCGGUUGCGUACAGGAAGACGGACUCUGUCAGCUUGGAUGUCGGUCCGAAAAGCGGUGAUGAUGAGCCAUGGGUAGAUUUUGAAGGUGUACUUGCGAUGACGUGGAGAGAAAAGAAACGGUGGUUCCUCAAGCAAACUACGAUUCUUUCCGUGCCGUACACUGAAUCCAUUUUCAAGAUUGACGUACGGCGCUCCGCCAUUCUCGACGAUUCGUUACCGCAGCUAGCCGGAAGGGGAGUUGACGUUUCAAGGAUGCAGGAGCAUCUUAACAUCAGCUUUAUUGAUGAGCCAGCUGUUGAUGCUGGAGGUGUACUGCGCGAGUGGUUUGGCCUUGUGUGUAAAGAACUCUUUAGCGCCAAACGAGGCCUUUUCGUGACGACCCACGCAGAAGACUCUAGUUACUGGAUCAACUCGGAAUCAGCUAAGUGUGUUCCCGAAGGACAGGACCACCUGCAAUAUUUUACGUUUGCUGGCAGGCUUUUAGGCAAGGCCAUGUUAGAUGGUCUUGUCCUUGAAGUGAGCAUGUCACUACCAUUGCUGAAACAUUUUUUGGGUGUCCCCAUUACUUUUUCGGACCUGGGGUAUCUUGAUGAAGAGCUGCACAAGCAUUUAUGCUGGGUGCGAGACAAUGAUCAUGUGGACGCUCUUUGUUUGACGUUCAGUAUUCAGACGCUGUCGGGUGAGACGGUUGAGCUGAAACCUGGUGGAAUGAACAUUGAUGUGACCGACGAAAACAAGACUGAGUAUUUGUCACUGGUGCUACGCUACCGCAUGUUGGACAGCGUGGCUGAACAACUCACAGCACUGCUCCGAGGUUUAUACGAGGUCAUUCCGAAGUCGAUGAUCACUAUUUUCGACUAUCAGGAGCUGGACUUUUACCUCAGCGGAUUGCCCACCUUGAAUGUGGCCGAUUGGCAGAACAACUCUCGUCUUCAGCAUGCAACUUAUGACAAUGAUUCAGAAGGAAUCGAACAAGAGCUCGAGGUAAUGCAAUGGUUCUGGGAUGUGGUUAAUACCUUCACCGACGACCAGCGUGCUCGGCUUUUGCAAUUUGCUACUGGCUGUUCACGUGUACCUGUUGAGGGCUUCAGAGCGCUUACAAGUGCCAGUGGUAUUGUCCAUCCCUUCACGUUGCAGAUGGUGCCCUUAGGUACACCACCGCUUGGCAUGUGCCCACGUGCCCACACUUGCUUUAACCGCAUUGAUUUGCCGGUGUAUGAGACGAAAGAAGAUCUCAAAUCGUAUCUAUCGCUGGUGAUUCAAAUGGAGAUCACUGGCUUUGGUUUUGAGUAG